AUGGCCUCGGGAGGAUUUGCGGCGUGCGUGACUCGCUUGGAUCGAUUCGGCUGCUUCGGCGACGAAGAUGAUCACGGCUUUGUGCGGCCUCCGUCCGAAGAUGUCCAUGCCAGUGCAGAGGGCACGCAGCCCCUGCUGAGCCCAGAGGCGACGGAGGAUCCAGGGGCGAAUCCGUCCCCCAGAAGCGGGGCUAGCACGUCACCGAAGCGGCGUGCCCGGAGGUCAUCAGAAACAGUCCGCGAUGUCAAGCUGGAAGAGGCUAUUGCAGCUGCGGCGCAAAGCGAGGUGGUGAAACAGCCGCUUCUGCGACCGCCUCGCAGUGUGAAGGGCCUCCUCCUCGCGGGUUUCUGCAUGUUCCUGGGCGGCUGCUUGGGCGCUGCAGUCGGUUUCUUUGGCCUCUACCUGGAGCCGCGCUUGCUGAUGUCAAAGGAGUGCCAUGAAGUUGAGAAGAUCCGGAACAUGGGCCUUGAUGCCGUGCAUUUGUACAAUCUGGUCCUCAGCUUCUAUUGUCACACGAUCCGGACGUCCGUCAUCCUUGAAACUAUGGCGCCAAUGGUCUUCGGCGCUGGAGGAGCACUGGCAGCUCUACGGCUGAGCUACGGGCAAGCUUAUUUCAAAGACUGGACAGACGAGGAGUCUAUGGCAGAGCUGAAGAAGCUCUAUUCCCAGCGAUCGGCUGGAGGCCUCUUCGUGCUAAGGUGUUGGCGUAUCCGUGUGGCUGCGCUCUUCUGCUUUCAGGUUAUCGUCAUGAUGUGGCUUCGCUACACAGUGGAUCUGGCCAUGGAUGUGCAGGCGAUGACGAUCUUCAUGCAGCACGAGGAGAUAGCUUUCUUUCUCCUCAAUCUGGCGGGCGUUUUCUUGGGUUUCUUCUGGACGGCCUACGAGUUCUACAUGGUCAUCUCGUCCGGCUCAAAAAUCGGGCGCGCCGAGAUCUUCUUCGCAGGGCUCACGCUGCCAGUUCUGGGUCAGCACGUCACCUACCUGGCCAUCAUCUCUCUCUUCAGGGGAGAGGCCGGAGAGGGGAGGUUUAGGGUACUUAGGGUUUAG